GCGCUUGAGUUUUCUCUCGCUCUCUGUGGAAAUCUCGCAGUUUUGAGUUGGCUGCUGCCGGAGCAAUUUAGUUUGUAGCGUGUUUUUUCCAGCCCAGUCGCGAAACUAAGACCACUUGAAUCGACGCCGAGGACGAGGGUGAGCCGAGAAGGAUGGAGAACGGAGUGUACUACGGGGAUGGCUAUAGCGGCGACGGCGGCUACAUGGAGCAGGAGGAGGAGUGGGAGCGCGAGGGACUGCUCGAUCCGGCAUGGGAAAAACAACAGAAGAAGACAUUCACGGCGUGGUGCAACAGCCACUUGCGGAAAGCGGGAACUGCCAUUGAGAAUAUUGAAGAUGAUUUCCGCAAUGGACUCAAACUCAUGCUGCUCCUCGAGGUGAUUUCGGGUGAGACGCUGCCGAAGCCCGACAGAGGAAAAAUGCGCUUCCACAAGAUUGCCAAUGUGAACAAGGCGUUGGACUUUAUCGCCUCCAAGGGUGUGAAGCUGGUGUCAAUUGGCGCGGAGGAGAUUGUCGAUGGGAAUCUCAAGAUGACACUCGGCAUGAUCUGGACGAUCAUUCUGCGCUUCGCCAUUCAGGACAUCUCUGUGGAGGAGAUGACGGCCAAGGAGGGUCUCUUGCUGUGGUGUCAGCGCAAGACGGCGCCGUACAAGAAUGUCAAUGUGCAGAACUUCCAUCUCUCCUUCAAGGAUGGCUUGGCGUUCUGCGCUCUGAUCCAUCGCCAUAGACCAGACUUGAUUGACUACAGCAAAUUGUCCAAGGACAAUCCAUUGGAGAAUCUCAAUACGGCCUUUGAUGUGGCUGAGAAGUAUCUCGACAUCCCGAGAAUGUUGGAUCCGGACGAUUUGAUCAAUACGCCUAAGCCGGAUGAGAGGGCUAUCAUGACAUACGUGUCGUGCUAUUAUCAUGCGUUCCAGGGCGCCCAGCAGGUUGGAUUUAAGAAUACCGCGAUGCCAGAUGAGCGAGCUGUUAUGACUUAUGUGUCUUCCUACUACCAUUGCUUCAGUGGUGCCCAAAAGGCUGAGACAGCUGCCAAUCGCAUCUGCAAGGUGUUGAAGGUGAACCAGGAGAAUGAGCGUCUCAUGGAGGAGUACGAGAGACUGGCGAGUGACUUGCUGGAGUGGAUUCGCCGCACGAUGCCAUGGCUGAAUUCGCGUCAGACGGACAACUCGCUGGCCGGCGUGCAGAAGAAGCUGGAGGAGUAUCGGACAUAUCGUCGCAAGCACAAGCCGCCGCGUGUGGAGCAGAAGGCGAAACUCGAGACGAACUUUAACACGCUGCAGACCAAGUUGCGUCUCUCCAACCGUCCGGCCUACAUGCCGACCGAGGGCAAGACAGUGUCGGACAUCUCGAAUGCAUGGAAGGGACUUGAGAAGGCGGAGAAGGCGUUCGAAGAGUGGCUGCUGGCCGAGACCAUGCGCCUGGAGCGUCUUGAGCAUCUGGCGCAGAAGUUCAAGCACAAGGCCGACACGCACGAGGACUGGACACGCGGCAAGGAAGAGAUGCUGCAAUCGCAGGACUUCCGUCAAUGUCGCCUGAACGAGCUGAAGGCUCUGAAGAAGAAGCACGAGGCGUUCGAGUCCGAUUUGGCGGCUCAUCAGGAUCGCGUGGAGCAGAUUGCGGCCAUUGCGCAGGAGCUGAACACGCUGGAGUAUCACGACUGCAUGUCGGUAAACUCCCGCUGCCAGCGCAUUUGCGAUCAGUGGGAUCGUCUGGGGGCGCUGACGCAGCGUCGCCGCCAGGCGCUGGAUGAGGCGGAGAGGAUCCUGGAGAAGAUUGACAUCCUCCAUCUGGAGUUCGCCAAGAGGGCGGCGCCCUUCAAUAACUGGCUGGACGGCACGCGCGAGGACCUCGUUGACAUGUUCAUUGUGCACACCAUGGAGGAGAUCCAGGGUCUCAUCCAGGCGCACGAUCAGUUCAAGGCGACUCUCGGCGAGGCAGAUAAGGAAUACAACCUGAUUGUCGGCCUGGUGCGUGAGGUGGAGGCGAUUGUGAAGCAACACCAGAUCCCUGGCGGUCUCGAGAAUCCCUACACCACGCUCACCGCCAGUGAUUUGACGAGGAAGUGGUCUGAUGUGCGCGGUUUGGUGCCGCAGCGUGAUCAGACGCUGGCCAAUGAGCUGCGCAAGCAGCAGAACAACGAGAUGCUGCGCCGGCAGUUCGCGGAGAAGGCUAACGCCGUGGGCCCGUGGAUUGAGCGCCAGAUGGACGCCGUGACGGCGAUCGGCAUGGGUCUGCAGGGCUCCCUCGAGGAUCAACUGCAUCGCUUGCGUGAGUACGAGCAGGCGGUGUACGCCUACAAGCCGCACAUUGAAGAGCUGGAGAAGAUCCACCAGGCCGUGCAGGAGUCGAUGAUCUUUGAGAACCGCUACACGCACUACACCAUGGAGACGCUGCGCGUGGGCUGGGAGCAACUGCUCACGUCUAUCAAUCGCAAUGUGAAUGAGGUGGAGAAUCAGAUUCUCACGCGGGACAGCAAGGGCAUCACGCAGGAGCAGCUCAAUGAAUUCCGCUCCAGCUUCAAUCACUUCGACAAGAACCGCUCGUGUCGCCUGGCGCCGGAUGAGCUCAAGUCCUGCCUCGUGUCGCUGGGCUACUCAAUUGGCAAGGAUCGCCAGGGUGAGAUGGACUUCCAGCGCAUCAUGGCGGUGGUGGAUCCCAACAGCACCGGCUAUGUCACCUUCGACGCUUUCCUCGAUUUCAUGACGCGCGAAUCCACGGAUACAGACACAGCUGAGCAGGUGAUAGACUCCUUCAGGAUCCUCGCGUCUGACAAGCCGUACAUCCUGCCAGACGAGCUGCGACGCGAAUUGCCACCGGAUCAGGCUGAGUACUGCAUUCAGCGCAUGCCGGCCUUCAAGGGCCCCGGCGCCGCGCCCGGCGCCCUCGAUUACAUGUCCUUCAGCACGGCUCUCUAUGGCGAGAGCGACUUGUAAGUCGUGGUCGCGUGGCUGGAGAGGACUUCACUCGCUACAAUUAAUAAGCAGCAAACGAUAUAAAUUAGAGAGACGAAAAGUGGGCAAGAAGAGCGUCUCGGCAAGAAAUUGUGUCAUUUUUAUUUUUCUUCUUCUUUGUUAUUGCAUGAGAGAAAAAAAGGGGGUGUUUUUCUUCUCCAGCGACUGGAGAGAGAUAAUCACAGGGAGAGUUGUGGGUGGAAAGCGCAGCUAUAUACAAGAUUAUAAACGGUAAACGAGAGAGAGAGAGAGAGAGAGAGAUGAAUUUCUUCCUGGAAGAUAAAAUAUACGGCAAAGAUUGUCGCCUUCGAAACUCAAUUUCUUUCUAUUUACACCAUCUUUCGAUUGAUUGAGAAUCCUGUGUAAUUUUUCUUUGUGUAAAAAGUACCAUUUUACUGCUUUCUGAGAGAUGUUUUCAUUUUUUUUUCUGUUCUUCAGCAUCGCAAAUAUGUAGCUUUCUAUACUAGAAUCUUAUAUAUACCUUUAAGAAGUUCUACAUAGUUUUGAGACAUCUUUAUUACAGUAAUACAAGUGAAAAGAGAAACAUUGAAAAGGAAAGAGCAAUUGAAAAA